AUGAAGAACGAUAUUCACAAGACGUUCGGCGAGAUCUUCGAUGGCGAUAUCACGGCUUUCCGCAAGCAACUGCUAGAGAUCCAACACAUCCAAGCUGAUCGGAAGAAGGCUGAAGACUGGGUAUCGAAACUUCGCUUCUUAGAUAUUUCCAAAGUCCCAAACCUACUGGACGAGGAAGCUCAACAAUAUGUCUCUUACGAGCCUCCCGAUGACCCGUGGGUUGAUCCAGAGAUACCGUCGCAUGAAAUCCCUGUUACAGAGCGCGAAGAUGACGACAGCGAGGUUGAAUACAUUGCUGUCUCUUGGAAGUGGGAAGAACGCCAUCAUAACCAUCUAGAUGAUGCAAUCAAGCCACCUGUCUUCGACUACCAAAUCAAGAGACCUGGUGCCCCAGCCCAUAAAAGUAGCUUUCCAGGCCGCUAUAUGGAUCGAGUAAUUCGAUUCGCCCAGAGCAAGAGCAUCAGCUCCUCCAAAUUAUGGAUUGACAAGGAAUGUAUAUAUCAGAGACGCGAAGAUGAACACAUCUUCCCAGAGGACAAAGAGCAUGGUGUUCAGAUCAUGGACGUUGUGUAUGGCGACAGCACCUUGUCAGUUGGCUUACUUACGGUGGAGCUUGCACAUGAACACGAAGUUGAUCUGCUGUCGGAGCUGCUUCAAGGCGAAAUUUUUGCCAAACGCAAUUACCAAAGUCUCCCAAAACUGUUGCCCGGGGUCGACGAGAGGGCAGUACAGAUGAUCAUCCUGCGUAUCCUGAGCGAUCCACGCUGGUCGCGCGGAUGGAUCUUCCAGGAAGACCAUUUGGCUUCCCAUCGGAUGAUCCUGCUCAUACCAUGUCGCCGAGGUAUUCGCAAAGAUCAGGGCUACGACUUUGGUGAUACCAUGGGGGAAUUACAAGUCAGACUCAAAGAUUUCCGACAAUCCGUGACCAUGUUUUGCAAGGCCACCUACGAGAAUCAAGGACGAUGGCCAAAUACGGAGUUUUUGGGAAAGGCAAAACAAUACAACAUCUGCAACAAGACCCUCGUGUUGGGGGGUAUCCCUCAGACCUACUCCCGGCGUCUUUGGAGGGAUGAUGCCAGCGAUGAAAGCAUCCCUAGAGUUGAAGCCUACCCCACUACGACUAACAGCGUACUGGAAGACAUUUGCAACCGAUCACUGGAGCAUGAGGAGGACAGGAUCGCCAUUCUUGCAAACGCUUUGAGGUUCAAUAAGCGACUAAACCUCACAAAAGAUUCUCCCUUGCUCGAGGUGGGCCAAUACAGCCUCUCUGUAGCACUGCUCGCACUUGUGCUCAUGAAUGGCGAGAUUCUGGACGUUGUGUUGUUGCAGAAAGAUCUGAUGACAUUCACAUUGCAGUCAUAUCUAGAUGCAUGUCAAUACGAAUUCGUUGUUCCCAACCUCAGAUAUCGGCAGAGUUUCGUCGACCGUUGCCGUUUCAAGUCACCAAUCAUCACACCUCGUGGUCUUGAGACGAAAGGCUUCCUGUUCACGCUACUGCCUAAAAGGAUAUCAAAGGAUAGAGCAUAUGGAUACAACCCUCUCCUCCUCACGACCUCGGAUCGAAAAACCCUGUCGCCAAUGGGCGGAGGUCCAAUGCUUGGAGGCAAGAAGCUGAACAAGAAUGCACACACAGUAUUGAAUCUGGUGGUCCAGAAGCUGGAGGCACUAUGGCCAGGGAGUAAGCUCGCCAGGCAUAUGCUCCGGUAUUUAUCGUUCGACCAACGUCAGCGACAAGGGAAAGACAUACCGCCAUCUACAUCAUAUGUAUUGGAUAUGAUGUCCGUCCUUUAUCAAACUCUUUGUGAAGACGAUCAAAAGCUACGUCUUGCGCGAUUAGCUUCAGCCCCUUUCGACGGAGAGCCUGUUGCCAUCUUCAUUGAGCCGACGCCGGACGGCUGGGUAAUGGAGUCUCCAGACACCAAAACACAAGACGGGAAGCCGAUUCUCGCCAACGUAUUUACCAGUUGGGACGCCACGCGAAAGCCCUACAACAAAGACCGAGUCGUGAGCUUAUCAGUCGCUAUAGAAGAUGGCAAGGGCGCAAGACAGAGCUGGGACAGUCGGACUUGUUACAUGGAAAAUACGGGAUGGGUGCACGGAGUUUGGAACAGCUGGAAAGUAGUAGCGGAAGAAAGAGGAAGAGAGAGGUCGAUGUUUGAAGGGUCCAGGAACCAGGGAUCGACACCGCCCAUGGCAAUAUGGAAUCAUGGCUCAGCAAGCAUUGUCCUUCAUCUUUUCUCUCGCAGUUUCUACGCAUGCGCAGCCACAGGAGAAGGUUUGGUGCUGACUGGUCCAAACAAGAAGCAAACGAGCGUAUCACUUGCUUCUUCACCGCCCUCCAAGAACCAACACCGGUCAUACAACCACAGCAUGCCUUCGCUGACUGAAAAACUCGUCCUGAAAGUUUCUCUUACCCCGCUUACAUACCUGUUCACUCGCGCCAACUCGCUCUUUCAAUCGCAGCGCAGGGCAUGGAAAGACUUUGCCGAAAAUGCUCCGGAUCCUGCUCUUGUAAACCUGAUCAAUGGCCCCAUGGAGGAUACUGGAAGACUGCUGAACAUGACACAAAACUUUCUGCGAAAGCUCAUCGACUUGGCAGAGAUCAAACUGAAGCAGGUAGAAACGGAAGCACAAAUAGCCGGUGCAGAAUGGCUCGACAACCCGACCGAUCCCAUGAACAACGCCAAAUUUCUCAUGGCGAGAAAGAUUCAUAGCGACUACAUAAAGCAUAUGUGGGAGGCUUGGGAUGUUGGGUUAAAAAUCAUUCCUGGAAUACAGGCGAGAUUUGACGAUAUGGAGGACACGCUCGAGAAGCUCGCUGUGCUCAUACCAAUCGAGGAGCUGGCGCGGCCACUUGAGCCGUUUGUAGUCAAGGGAAUGGAGAUCAACGACAGGAUGUGGGUGUUUGCAAUAAGGUUAUUGGGCAUCGUGCGAACGGUUGAUAUCCCCCUCGGUGUUGCGACUGUGGCUGUCAACGUCGAAAAGUACCCAGAAGCGGACAAACUUGCGCGAGCAAGAUACAACUUUGGGGAUUACUGA